AAGAUGGUCCACUCCACUUUUUUUUUUUCUUGGUCGGUGUCCACUCAACUUUACACAGUGAUAUCAUCUCCACCCCAACUUUUUAUCUAAAUUCUCUCCAUGCUCAAUACCAAUUUUUAUGAGCCGAAAGAAACUCCCUAAUUCGAGCACUGGGGAAAAAAUUGCUAUGAUCCUCCCAAAUAUAGGCACUCGUUUUCCCGAGAAAAUCGUGGUUUCCAUGAGAAGUCUGGUCGUAGCUCCAUCUUCAUCGUGUGUUUGUAAGGCCUCUCCUGGCUUCUCUCUCAAGACCCGAUUCUCUAUCCACAAUCACCUCCGAUCCUUGCGCGCAUCUCUCCCACUCCCACCAUCACCAUUGCCAUCACCCUCGUCUUCCUCUCAAACCAAGCCACCCUGGCUUCACCACUCUGACAUGGCCGCCUGUGUCAACGACGCGCCGAGAACAGAGAAUCGCAAAUUUACCCGCGACUCAUGCCCGGGCGAGCGCGGAUACAGCCUCAGGUUCGCGAAUUUGUUCCGACCCAGAAUUUCUAGCCCCCUUUCGAGCGUACCCGUUUUGCAGAACCGAGGAAAGACCACGCACAUCAGGAAGGUCGUCGACGACUUAGACGAAGACAAAGAAGACGUGUGGCUCCGGAUGCGAGAAGAGGCCCGCUCGGAUGUUUCUCAUGAGCCCAUACUGUCCAACUACUAUGAAAGCUCGAUACUUUCGCAGGACUCGCUCGAGAGCGCGUUGGCUAGUCAUUUGUCGAUCAAGCUAAGCAAUCCGAGCCUUCCCGGGGGGACUCUGUAUGAGCUAUUUCAUGGGGUGCUGGCAGAAGAUCGAGAAAUUGUCAAGUCUGUGAAAGAAGAUUUGAGAGCAGCUCACGACAGAGACCCCGCUUGCGUGAGCUAUGUGCACUGUUUUUCGAACUUUAAGGGUUUUCUUGCGUGUCAGGCUCACAGGGUGGCUCACAAGCUGUGGUCACAGGGGAGGCAGGCCAUUGCGUUGCUAAUACAGAACAGGGUCUCUGAGGUUUUCGCGGUGGACAUCCAUCCUGGAGCGAAACUCGGGCGAGGGUUGCUCUUCGAUCAUGCAACAGGCCUUGUUGUUGGCGAGACGGCUGUGAUUGGUAACAACGUGUCGAUUUUGCACAACGUGACAUUGGGAGGGACCGGGAAAGAGUCCGGUGACCGGCACCCGAAGAUCGGUGAUGGGGUGUUGAUCGGGGCUGGGACUUGCAUCUUGGGGAACAUCAGGAUUGGAGAUGGAGCGAAGAUUGGAGCCGGGUCGGUAGUGCUAAAGGACGUGCCCCCGCGGACAAGUGCAGUCGGGAACCCUGCGAGGUUGGUCGGAGGCAAGGAAAACCCAGUUAGGCUUGAUAAGAUGCCUAGCCUCACAAUGGACCACACCUCUCAUAUAUCUGAGUGGUCAGACUAUGUUAUUUAGCAAGGACCAAAUUCAGAUGCAUUUGAAACGUUUAGUUGAUCCUGGAUCGUGUGGUUGUUGGUGCUUACUAUUUGCUGCUGCUAAAUUGGCAACAUGUAGCAGUGACCACGCAACUUAAGAUUUCAUAGGUUUGUAACGUGCCUGGCCUUUCAUAAUUCAGUGACAGGGCUAGUUGAUGAGCAUUUUCUCUAUUGAGUGCGUGGUAUGUAUAUUUGUCGUGAUAACACAUGUGAUGCUGUGUGGCAUAUGACAUGGCACAGCUUGAACUUUGUUGCCAAUUGUACUUUCUAAUCUCGGAUAUAUUUGUUAUGAUUCAAUCAAUUAACUACAGAAA